AUGGCAAUUAACAAGGUUCCUCAGUUGGCUGAGCCUCAAGCACCCCUCCGCGUCAACAAAUCAGUGUUAGACCUCCAUGUAGUCUACAAGGAAGACAAAACCGCUGAUUCUUACAAGUCGGCAGCAUCCAUCAGCUACCUUGCAAUCGCAUGUCUCCUCGCUUUCAUAACCUUCGCACCUGCCUCAUGA